GUUUCUGUUGUGCUUUCUUAUAAAAUUAUUAUUGUUUAUUUUUGUUUGAUAACAUUUUAUUUUAAAGUUGAUAAUUUUUAUGAAGUCUUACAAAUAUAAUAAAUGGUGCUGUAGUUAUAAUGCAAUGAAUCGUAAUGUUGUAUGAACCUACGGGAUGAUAUCAAGAAUUACAACUCCCUUUUGGAGGUUAAGUAGUAGGCUAAUCUUUGUUUAUUAUGUUUACGUUACUUAGUGAGGUGCAUUUCUGGAGCUUUAAUGAUGUUAUUGGUAUCCGAGACACUGAUUUUGGAGCUUUUAGACUCCAUGACAAAAAAGCAACUACGGAUUCACCUUUCACUCUCGGCAAGAAAACUUAUGUUGAAAAAAGGGGGAUGACCUGGACGCCUCAAAAUAAACGACCAACAAAAUUAAAAGACACUUUAAAAGAACUUGAAGAGAACCUGGAAACAUUGCGAGUGGUGUUCCACCAAUGGAGAGACAGCUGCACACUUCAGCUCAUGUUCAAUUCUGGUCUGUUGGCCAACAUAACAGUCAGUCCAAGCUCAGGAGAUGUUUUGGAAAUUGUCUUUGACAAGUUUAUGGUGGGGAAGCUUCUAUCGGAGUAUGUUUCUGAUGUGUGUAUAACAAACACACAUGCUUUCUGCUCAUACAACGACAACCAAGUGACUCUUGUGCACUUCACCAAACCUGUAGUAAAGCAUGGUACUCUACGCAAAUGGAGUAGUCUGGAUACCAAGCUAGUGGUGGUAGAGCUGGCAGGUCCUUCAGGGCGCAGGCUGGAGCGCAAGCUGUCUGUCAACAAGUCAGGUGACAUGGUUUUAAUUUGGUGGCGUUGUACAAGAGAUGAAGUAUAUCCCUGGAGCCCACAAGUAAAGGACCAGGACAGGGCAAACGUUCAUGUAUACAGUGUUAAUGGAACUCAAACAGAUCUGCUGUGCUACUACCGCACAGAGCACGAUCCCCUGAGUGUGGCCUUCAGUCAAGUACAACCUAACCUGAUACACUCAGUAGAACAAAAGGUCUCCAGAAAGGGUGAAGUCACUGUGGAGAACUGUGUGUACGAGAUCAGCAAGGCACGUCUACAGCGAACUGCUGUUACCUGCAUCCCUCUCCAGACUCAUGUUUGCUGUCUAUCCUUCAGCCAUGAUGAUGCUAAGCUACUGCUGGGCUGUAUCGAUGGCUCGUUGGUCUUGUUCGAUCAAGCCAAGGGUGCCACACACCUCGUCAAGGCUGCAUUUAUUCCAACAUUGGUGUGUUGGCAUCCUGACAACUGCCUAGUGAUGGUUGCCAAUGAGCGAAGUCAGUUGCAGUGCUUUGAUACGUCUCUGGCCUGUGUCAAGAUGCAACUGAUAAGCGAAGACGUUACACCCUCCACCAUACUAGACCUUGGCUCUUACUUCAGGCAGCAGCCAACACUACUCCAAAUAGGAUGGAGUAGAAAGUCAGACUCUACACUUGCCUCUGGCUAUGCCCAAACAGAUGCUUUCCUCUUGCUCCUGUUUGAGAGAGGUCCUAUGGGAGUGGUAAGGAUGGUGGGGCCAGGCCUGACUCCUGACACUUUGGUGUCUCAGUACCUGUCUGUAGGUCAAGUGGAGAGGGCAGUAAACCUGCUGCUCAGUCUCAACUGGGACACUCAGGGUUUACAGUGUCUCACCUGUCUACAUCUCAUAGCCAACCAUGUGCUCAGGCUGCCUCUCACUCCAGACAAGGAAGUUCAGCUAGAAACUGCUCUUGGAAGUUUCCAUGUGCCAUCCCACCCAUUGAGUCAUGCUACAGAAGUUGAGUUUGGUGACCCUGUGAGGGAUCUCACCAGGAGGUUUUUCCAUCAGCUAUUAAGGUACAGACUGUUUGAAAAGGCGUUCCGGUUAGCAAUAGAUCUCAACGAGUAUGAUCUGUUCAUGGAUCUACACCACUACGCUCGCAAUGUUGGUGACACUGACAUGGCAGCUGCAGCUUUGGAGAAGGCAUACCAAGUUUCUGAGUGUGAUUCUCAGUCAGGUUCGUCAGACUGUUCCUGUUCCCAGUCUUCCUGCUCCUGUAGCUGUGACUCGAGCAGUUCAGGAGACGAUAGACCGACUACUCCUCCUCCUCUUCCAGUUCUACACAGAAACCCCAUCCCAUCUCGGCAGAAAGUCAAGUUCUCAGAUACUGUUACCCACAUUACUGUUCCUGAGGAGCCCCUGGAAGAAUGUGAGGACACAGAGCAGAGCCUAUCAGCUGUCAACACAGUAGGCCUUCCACCCCCCUCCCUUCCCCUUCCACGCCUUCACUCCGAGGCUGUGUCUCUCUACUUGGCCAACAAACACGCGGCUUUACUAAUGCCCCCUCAAGAAGUUCGAGAAGAUGAUGAGACUGGAAAAAUCAAAGUAGUUCAUUUUGGUGUAGUAUAACAGCAACUGAUUAAUCAUAUUUAUUUUACAGAAGUUGCUAUACGAAAAAAAAAACUUAUCUUUUAAUAAGUAAUAGCCUCAGUUAAUAGUUUCACUUGUUAUUGAAACAAUUUAUCUUUAUCAAUCAUUUUGUACAUCAUUUUAUAAGUAUGGUGAUAGUACAUAUUUCAAAAUUUACCUAGUGCAAUUGAACGAUUAUUACAGACAAAUUAUACAGAUUUUUUUGAAAGAACAAAAAUAUCUUAAAUGAUAUAAAACUUAGUUAGGAUUAACUCUGUCUUAGUUUUUAAUACUUUCAUAAUUGUGCUCCAGAUAAGCAACAUUUUUGUCUGUUUUUAGUCUUAAGAGUAUUUUGAUUUUUUCCUCAAAGAGCUAUAUUGUGAAAGAGCUAUAUACAAUUCCCAAAUAAUUUGAGUGAGUUGUAAUGUGAAUUAAAGCACAAUUACAAUUUAAUGCAUUUUUCUUGCUCAGUUCUACUGGGGUUAUACAGUUUUUAAGUAAGUACUGUUUCGAAAUUCCGCUACUGUAGCGCUGCAGCCAGUAUCUUGCGCUUAUGCACUGUUUACCUUCAUCUGAUAGCAAGCCACAGAUAGAACUACAGCAAAAUUGGAUUGUUUUUACAUCUCCUAUAAUGCCUAUUUCAAAUGCCCCCAUUAAUGGGAGCCAUUGACUGUGUUUCAAUACGUUCUGUUGUUUUCUAGACACUAAAAGUGUGAAAACAGUUGAAAUUCACCAUCAGUGUUUUGAAGUGUCUAGAUAAAAUAUUAUGAGUAAUGGAAUGGUAUUCAAAUGGUAACAGCUUUAAGAGAUGGCCAAAGAGUGUUCAUGAUGAGGAAUGGAGUGGAUUACUGACCUUAUACAAUCACGAAAAAUUUAGUGUAGAAAGUAAAUGAUGAAGUGAAAAAGAACAGACAUUUCACAAUUUAUUUGUUAUCAAAAGAGUUUCCUCAAUUUCGAGAAGUUAUUUUCUCUAUGGCAUUAUUUUUUUUAAAAACAUGUUUUUUAUGUGUGACAAUGUUUGUACACAUGCGACAAAAUGAACUAAAGAUCAUGCUGCAUUAUAAUAAGCGGCCACCAACACAAUCAGAUGAUGAAAUAUUGAAUGAUUCGAAUCAUCGAUUUUCAUGACCAUUUAAAGGACUGAAAGCAAGAUGUCCGACCAAAUGACGUAAUAUAUAUUUCAAAGAACAAUAUGUUUAUGCUAGUUAUCAAUCUUAAACAUUAAUGUAAUAUUAAUAUAAUUUAGAAUUUAAAAUAUUGUAUGUACUUAAGAAAUUAAAAUAUAAUAUACAAUUAAUACAAUUACAACUAAACAAUAACAUUUACUUAUCAUAAAUAUUGUAUUAAGGAUAUAAGUCACUGGUUGAGAAAUAAAUAAGACACGUAGGUCACCAGGCGCCAUUAUUCAAUAUUAGGAAACGAAAAAAAAAUGAUUUUAAUUUGGAAUUUAUUAACAAACACGUUUUUACUUUGAACAAAAUUUGGAAAGAUUAUGUCAAAUUGAGUGAAGUUUUAGGUUUUAAAAAUGUUACUAUGAAGAAACUAUAUUUUUAUGUUUAAAAGAAAUGAAUUUGGGUUUAAAAUAGUAAGAAAUAAAUCAACUUUAGUAAAAGCACUCUUGAACCACGUAGUACUAUAUUACUUAUUAUACACAUGUAUAAUAGCAUUCAAAAAAUGCUCAAAUGGAUUACCUCAAAUAAUCAUCAUUUCAUGUUUAUACAUAAAUUUUGCAAGAUGAUCAGCAAUGCACUCACUUCUGAGACCGGUUUUUAAAGAUUUCUUAGUGGCUCUCCAAUUUGAUUCAAUUGUUUGCGUGUUUCCAGAAGUCAACGUAUCUAUGAAGUUCGUACUGUGGUUAACAGUAAAAUGAUCAUAACCUUGUGUUUUUGGUUCAAAAUAAGCCUUCCAUAAAUCAGUUACGAUUGUUGUUCCAGGUUUAACAUUCUUAACAAUUAAUUAAUGGGAUGAGUGAAUUAGUAUCAUGUUUAUUUUCUGGGCAAAUCUCUAAACGGAAUCUACCACCUCUUGUCUCCCUUUUAGAAAUGUCUACGUCAGUGUCUAUUUCCAUCAUGCCUAUUACUCAUGUACCUUCUACCAGUCUUCCACGAUUAUAUUUUCUUUUUCCAAUCUUUGCUUUGUCAAUUUUAACUACCACACCUUCGUCACCCAAUAAUUCUUCUUUUUCAAAUUUGUCGUACAACCAAAUAAAACAUAGCUCUUUUCAAUAAGAGAGCCAAUCUGAAAUUAUAUUUUUGCACUUAUGCCAUUUAAACUGCACUCAUUUACCAAAAGAUCAUAAGUUCUUUCUUUCCAACUAAAAUAGUAAAUUAUUUUCAUUAUACUAAUAAUACCAAACUUUGAAUGUUAAAAAAAAUCUUCUCUAGUGCGUAUUUAGUCACAUCAUGUUUUUUCUGGCUUU